AUGCCCUCCAUAGCGCUGCCGCCUAAAGAGAACGCUCUCUUUAAGAGGAUAUUGCGAUGCUAUGAACACAAGCAAUACAGAAAUGGGCUGAAGUUCUGCAAGCAGAUCCUUUCAAACCCAAAGUUUUCUGAACAUGGAGAGACGCUGGCAAUGAAGGGACUGACCCUGAAUUGUUUGGGAAGAAAAGAAGAAGCAUAUGAACUGGUCAGAAGAGGCCUUCGCAAUGACCUGAAGAGUCAUGUCUGUUGGCACGUGUACGGUUUGCUGCAACGUUCAGACAAGAAGUAUGACGAAGCCAUCAAGUGCUACAGGAAUGCCCUGAAAUGGGACAAAGACAAUCUGCAGAUCCUCAGAGACCUCUCCCUGCUGCAGAUCCAGAUGAGGGACCUCGAAGGCUAUAGAGAGACCCGGUAUCAGUUGCUGCAGUUGCGGCCAGCUCAGAGAGCCUCCUGGAUCGGGUAUGCCAUUGCCUAUCACCUUCUACAGGACUACGAGAUGGCAGCCAAGAUAGUUGAGGAGUUCCGCAAAACUCAGCAGACAUCUCCAGAUAAGGUGGAUUAUGAGUACAGUGAACUGUUGCUGUAUCAAAAUCAGGUGUUGAGGGAGGCUGGGCUUUUCAAAGAGGCUCUGAUUCACCUGACCACCUAUGAGAAACAAAUCUGUGACAAACUGGCUGUGGAGGAAACUAAAGGAGAGCUCUUGCUGAAGUUGGAUCGCUCUGAUGAGGCGACUGAGGUUUAUCGCAGGCUGCAGGAGAGAAAUCCUGAGAACUGGAGCUACUACCAGGGCCUGGAGAGUGCACUGAAGCCAGGGAGUGUGGAGGAGAGGCAGAAGAUCUACGAUGAUGCCUGUGUCAAGUUUCCUAAAGGUUUAGUGCCCAGACGGCUGCCCCUAAACUUCCUCAGCGGGGAGAAGUUCAGAGAGUGUCUGGACCGUUAUCUGAGGAUGAACUUCACUAAAGGAUGCCCUCCUCUAUUCACCACACUCAAAUCACUCUACACUGACAAAGAGAAGGUGUCGAUCAUCGAGGAGUUAGUGGUCAGCUACGAGGAAAGUUUGAGAAGCUGUCGAAUGUUCAGCCAAAAUGAUGAUGGGAAAACGGAGCCCCCGACGACUCUGCUGUGGGUUCAGUAUUUCCUUGCUCAACACUUCGACUACAUAGGCCAGCAUGGUACCGCCUUGGAGUAUAUCAACACAGCCAUCGAAAGCACCCCCACGCUUAUAGAGCUGUUCCUCAUUAAGGCAAAGAUCUACAAGCAUGCUGGGAAUAUUCGGGAGGCUGCUCGCUGGAUGGACGAGGCUCAGGCCCUGGACACUGCUGAUCGGUUCAUCAACUCUAAAUGCGCCAAGUACCUUCUGAAAGCCAGCCUGGUAAAAGAGGCCGAGGAGAUGUGCUCCAAGUUCACACGGGAAGGCACAUCGGCGGUAGAGAAUCUAAAUGAGAUGCAGUGUAUGUGGUUUCAGACCGAAUGUGCUUUGGCCUACAAGGCCAUGAACAAAUACGGCGAGGCGCUCAAGAAAUGUCAUGAAAUCGAGAGGCACUUUGUAGAAAUAACAGAUGACCAGUUUGACUUCCAUACGUACUGUAUGAGGAAGAUGACCCUGCGCUCUUACGUGGCUCUGCUGAAGCUGGAGGACGUGUUGCGCGUGCACCCGUUCUACUUUAAGGCCGCACGCAUCGCCAUCGAAAUCUACCUCAACCUCCACGACAACCCGCUCUCCGACGACAGCAAGGAGUCCCAGGCAGACAAUACAAACCUGACGGAUAAGGAACUGAAGAAGCUCCGCAACAAACAGAGGCGGGCGCAGAAGAAAGCUCAGCUCGAAGAGGAGAAGAAAAACGCAGAGAAAGAGAAACAAUUAAAGAACCAGAAGAAGAAAAAAGAGGAGGACGAUGAGGAGAUUGGAGGACCUAAAGAGGAGCUUAUACCUGAGAAAUUAGCUAAGGUUGAAAAUCCUCUGGAAGAAGCUGUUAAGUUCCUGACUCCUCUGAAGAGCCUGGUGAGGAACAAAAUUGAGACACACCUUUUGGCCUUUGAGAUCUACCUCCGAAAAGAGAAAUAUCUUUUGAUGCUCCAGUCGGUGAAGAGAGCCUACGCAAUGGACCCCGACCACCCCUGGCUUCACCAGUGCCUCAUCCGCUUCUUCAAAGGAGUGGCUGACAAUAAAGGUCUCCCCCAGCCUGUGCAAACCGUUCUGAAGCAGGAGAUCACACGACUGUUUGGAGAGAGUGAUCCUAAGAGCUAUAACAAAAACUUCCUGAGCAAGCACGCCAGCUCCAUACCCCACAGAUUAGCAGCUGCUAAGAUGAUGGUUUAUCUGGACCCCUCCACUGAGAGCCUGGCUGCUGAAUUGGCUACCUCUCUGGACGAGUCCCUUACUGGCAGAACCUUACAGGUAUGCAGUGAGGUGUUGCAGGCGCUGAGGGAUGGUAGUUUGGGCUCGGAGCAGCAGAAGGUUGUGGAAUCGUACCGCGCGUCCUGCCAUGGCCUCUACCCUUACUGUCUUGCCUUCAUGCCCCCCGGUUACCAGGACAAUGCUGCCAUAACCACUAAUGGAGACCUAUCAUCUGGUGACCACGAGGACAUGACCAAUGAGAUGUAAAAGGUUAUGAAAAGAUCAAGGAGGGUGUGGGUUUUUUUUUCGUUUGUAUUUUUUUUUUCUUUUUCUUUUUGGUGGCCGGCUGCCAUUUCAAGACCGGACGCCCAACAGAGGUUGUGACUGUACUGCAGUAACCAGACCAGGACUCCCAGCAUCGGCAACAGAAGUGCAAGCCACAGGGCGAUAGGGGAAAGAAAGAAUAUCUGUUUUAUGUUUUGGUUUUUGUUUCAUUUCUUUUGCCUUUUUUUUUUUUAAUAUGGCUUAUAACUAAUCCUAAACAAAUAACCAAUAAGCGGCAUGUAUGUGCGGAGUGGAACAUGGAUGAAUAUGGUUAUGAUGAACUUCACACCAUGUUCAUCUGAUACAUGCACCUCCUUGUCAUGUUUUUAAGAGUAAUUUAUAUAAAAGAAUAUUAAAGAGAACAAAAAAAAGCUAUCAAGGAGCAAUACUCUUGGUCCUGGUUCGACUCGGGUGGUUGUGUGCCAAACCUGUGGGGUGGAGCUUAAGAAGGUGGUGGCACCUGUUGCGAGAGACUUUGUGAGGUGGAGAGUGGAGGGAACGGGGGUUAAAAAGACUUGCUUUCGUUCGGUGAACAAAGAGCAGUUCCUGAGUCAGCCGUUAGGUGGUUGGUAGGUGAGGAAGCGCUUUACGGCUGCCAGAAAGAAACUGUAAUGCUCAACUUCUGAGCGCACCCGGAGUGCUGAGGGAAAGGCUGACAUGCAUCUCUUCAUUUCUUUUUCUCCUUUUGUUCCUCCUCCAUCUUCUCAUUCAUUGUCAUCUGAAUUUGGUUAUCCAGUGAAUGUCUGAACAGUGGUAGUGGCUUUUUGAGGCUUUUACUGUGACCAUAAUUCUUUGGUUUUUCUCUUUUUGGUUUACAUUUCCUGUUUUCUCCCCUAUCCCAUUGUUUUUUUUUUUCCCCCUUCUCAUAAGUUGGUUUGAAUAAUUCUGUCUUAUUCUCCAUAAAACAAAAGCCUGCCGAUCACA